GGUUUAGCACUUCCGUUAUUAGAUUCAUACGUGAGGGGAUCUGAAUCGAUAGUCAAGUUACGUUCAUGAUUUGAGGUCAACUGUAGGACAGUAUCAUUCUACUUCGAACACUCCAAGAGGAUUGUCAUACGAUAAGCUAGACUUCUAAUCACUAAGUUCAGUACUUCUGAAUACAGUAAGAAAAUGCCAAUCAAAAGCAUUAAAGCACGUCAAAUCUUUGACUCUCGUGGUAAUCCUACUGUAGAGGUUGAUCUGGUCACAGAAAAUGGACUCUUUAGGGCUGAGGUACCAUCAGGUGCUUCUACUGGUGUUCAUGAAGCUUUAGAACUUCGUGAUAAUGAUAAGUCGAAGUAUCAUGGAAAAUCUGUCUUCAAAGCUGUAGAAAAUAUUAACAGUAUCAUCACACCUGAAUUAUUAAAGUCAAACCUGGAAGUUACUCAACAGACAGAUAUUGAUAACUUACUUUUGAAACUUGAUGGUACACCAAAUAAGUCAAAACUUGGUGCAAAUGCACUCCUGGGUGUUUCAUUAGCUGUUUGUAAAGCAGGAGCUUCUAAAAAGGGAGUUCCUUUAUAUAAAUAUAUUGCAGAAUUGGCUGGAAAUCCCAAUAUUAUUCUACCAGUUCCAGCUUUCAAUGUUAUUAAUGGUGGUUCACAUGCUGGAAACAAGUUAGCAAUGCAGGAGUUCAUGAUUUUACCGACAGGUGCUGCUAAUUUCACUGAAGCUAUGAAAAUGGGUACUGAAGUCUAUCACCAUUUGAAAGCUGGUAUUAAAAAGAAGUUUGGACUUGAUGCUACUGCUGUUGGCGAUGAAGGUGGUUUUGCUCCAAAUAUCUUGGAGAACAAAGAAGCUUUAAAUUUGAUCAUAGAUGCUAUUAAAGUUGCUGGAUACGAUGGAAAAAUUAAGAUUGGUAUGGAUGUUGCUGCAUCUGAAUUCCAUAAAAAUGGAAAAUACGAUUUAGAUUUUAAAAAUGAAAAGUCUGAUCCAAAUACAUAUUUGGAACCACAAGCUUUGAAAAAUUUGUAUUUGGAUUUUGUCAAAGAAUUCCCAAUUGUAUCAAUUGAAGAUCCAUUUGACCAAGAUGACUGGGGUUCAUGGACUUCUAUGACAUCUUCCACUCCAAUUCAAAUUGUGGGUGAUGAUCUUACUGUUACAAAUCCUGAAAGAAUUAAGACAGCUAUUGAAAAGAAGGCUUGCAACUGUUUGUUGUUGAAAGUUAACCAAAUAGGUACUGUCACAGAAUCAAUUAAUGCCCAUAAACUUGCUAAGAGUGCUGGGUGGGGUACAAUGGUAUCUCAUCGUUCCGGAGAAACAGAAGAUACAUUUAUAGCUGACUUAGUUGUUGGUUUAUCGACUGGUCAAAUUAAAACGGGUGCACCUUGCCGUUCAGAACGUUUGGCCAAGUAUAAUCAGAUUCUUCGUAUUGAAGAAGAAUUGGGUGCAGCUGCCAAAUAUGCAGGAGAGAAAUUCCGUAAUCCUCAAGCUUAAACUGUAAUAUAUCUUUUUAUUAACACGAGACUCUAGUUGUUAUAUUUACUGCAAAAUAAAUUGAAUAUAUACUUUCAUAAUUGUUCAAAUUGUGUUAAUGAAGUAAUAUUGAAAGUCGUUACUGUUAUAGCAUAUCAGCCUCAAGAAAUAUUUAAUUGAUAGUGAUGAAUUCAAAUGGGAAUUACAAGGUAUAGGGUCUCUGUU